UUUGCGUAUCCAAAUGGUCUCUAAACUAUUGACAUUCAUCCGUGCGGUGUUGUCAAUGGAAAAUGUGAUUUCAAUCCUUUUCGCCUUCUCUCUCCUUCAAAACCCAGCGGUUCCUGAACCAGGCUGAACCUCUCUGUUUCACUUCCACGGCCACUUGAUUCCAAGACCAAUGGUACUCCGCCACGUAUACAGGUCCAUCAGGGCCAAGGCGCCCUAUAAACAUUCUCGCUCUUUCUCCCAGCUCCACUCAGGUUCUCGAUGGCCUUCAUUUGGAAUAGCUUUUGAUAUUGAUGGGGUAAUUCUUCGCGGAAACGAGCCCAUAGGAAAUUCUCCUCAGGCUCUCAAAAGGCUUUACACUGAUUGUGGUAAAUUGAAGUUUCCUUUUAUCUUCCUAACAAAUGGAGGUGGUGUUCCAGAAUCCAAACGUGCCAUUGAGUUGAGUAAAAUGUUAGAAGUGAAUAUUCAACCUCUACAGCUACAUUUGUUGAUCAGAUUGCCAAUGCAGGUCGUACAGGGCCAUUCACCUUUCAAACAGCUUGUGAAUAGAUAUGAAAAUGAUCUCAUUGUUGCUGUGGGGAAAGGUGAACCAGCUGCUGUGAUGUCUGAGUAUGGUUUCAAAAAGGUUAUUUCAAUAGAUCAGUAUGCCUUAUUCUUCGACAACAUAGAUCCCCUAGGACCGUACAAGAAAUGGGUAACUAAAAUGACACUGGAUAAUGAGAGAACAUAUUCUAAAGAGGAUAUCUACUCUGAAAGAGUCAAAUCAGCUUUCAUUGUCAGCGAUCCUGUUGAUUGGAGCAGGGAUAUUCAGGUUCUUUGUGAUAUCUUAAGAUGUGGGGGCCUUCCUGGAAGGGAGUACAGCCAUCAACCUCCCUUGUAUUUUGCAUCUGAUGAUCUUGAAUACCAGGCCGCCUUUCCUAUAGAGCGUCUUGGUAUGGGUGCUUUUAGAAUCACACUUGAGUCCAUUUUCAACAGAAUUAGUUACAGUCCUCUAAAGUAUACAUCAUAUGGGAAGCCAAAUCCUACAGUAUUUGAAAAUGCACGAUCUAUACUGGAAAGUCUUCCCUUGGAUUGUGACCCUCAUACUGCCAAUGGUCAUGGGGCUUCUAGGCAGCCAUUGGACACCCUUUACAUGGUCGGAGAUAAUCCUGUAGUUGACAUCAAGGGUGCAUGCCAGGCAGGUCGACCCUGGUUCAGUAUUCUAACAAGGACAGGCGUCUUUAAGGGAAAAGGCAAUCAUGAACAGUUUCCAGCUGAUAUUGUAGUUGACACUGUUGAGGAGGCUGUGGAUUACAUUCUCAAGAAAGAGUGUAGAAACGGUUCUUGAGGCUUUUUAGUCCUAUCUUUCUCAAUUCAUCGAUCGCCGACCUCUACCCAGGUGGUAGAGUUCUCGUCCCUUCGUACACUUGAGGCUUUCUUAUAUGAUUUUAAUUUGGGAGGCUUUCUUAUAUGAUUUUAAUUUGGUUCUGCAUGCAUUGGGCAUAUGAAUAAGCACUCUUCAAAUUGAUCUGUCUCCAGGUGUGUCAAGAGAGAGAUCUUUCUGCUUAUUUGUGCUGCUGUAAGACAGGGAGCAUCAGAGAGCGCAGAAAAUAAAAUUUGGUACUGGAGGAGAAAGGAAAAGGAGGAGAAAGGAAAAGAGGAAAGAUUGCACUUUUGAGUUGGGAAAAAUCUGUUCUUUCAAAUCGGGAGCUGUUUUCAGUUAUGGAUUUCAACUGAAUUAAUUCACUUUCAGGUAUUAUUAAGGUCUUUUGGGGCUUUAUUUCCAAGUUUCCAAGGUUUCUACAUGUUAUGGCUUACUUAAAUCAACACUAGUGGAUUUACUUGCUA